UUUGCUCUGUGUUUCAUUAUUAAAUGAAUUAAAACAUCCAUUUCUAUUGAUAAUCAACAGCGGUGUUUUCAUUUUAACUGAUAAUAGAAUCUAAAAUGAUUACCUUAUGGAAUUUGUUUGAAGCCAGUCUUUUGUGUCUCAAUGCAGUGUGUGUUUUGCACGAAGAAAGAUUUAUGCAAAAAAUGGGUUGGGGAGCACAUGGCCAAAAUCAAGGUUUUGAGGAUCAGUCUUCAGUUAAAUUCCAAAUUUUAAAUUUAGUUCGAUCAAUUCGGACCGUUACUAGAAUUCCUCUGAUUAUAUUAAAUAUACUUACAAUUAUAUUCAAGUUACUACUAGGAUAACUAAGGGAAUGGAGAUGCCUGAAUGCUUGUAAAAUAAAUGUUGAUGUUAAAACCAGCUUGAAGUAAAUACAAAUAUUUUUAUAUAUUAAUAAAUAUUAAAUACUACAAAUCA